AUGGCAAAUCUCCAGGAGUUUCAUCAUCUGGUCAGCCGUAUGCUUUGCCCGGAGAAUGAGACGAGAAUGGAAGCCGAGAAGCAUUACGAUCAGAUUGAUCUGUCCACCAAAGCACAGUUGCUGUUUCAGUUGUUCCUCGAUCAAACGGCCGAAGCCGAGGUGAGCGGCAUCAAAGUCUGCAGUAUCCGAGGGUACCUAUAA